AUGCUUGUCAACAUUCUUUUCCGGGCCGCCGUUGUCUCCGCACAUCCAGCCAUUCUGCAGAAUACCCAAGUCGCGGUGGUAAACCUAGGGAGUAGUACAGGAAGUCCCAAGCAUCUAGCAUCGGGGCUUCUGUAUGGCGUGCCUGUUCAACAGGAUCAGAUACCGGAUCAUUUCUACGAGGAUAUGGGUUUCAAUUACCUGAGGGCCGGAGGAACUCAUCUCCCCGAUGGAAACGGUGGCAGAGGCUGGAUCACCGGCUUGGAAGACUACCAGAUCCGGAUGGACUCUGCCAUCUCUAACCUCAAAACAUGCCAGAAGUAUGGCGCAAACUUCAAUCUACUCAUUGCAGAUAUUUGGGGCGACGACGCUGGUCAGGCGGCUGAUUCAAAGUAUCCCGGGGAUGAUGGCGAUUGGUCUGACUAUGACGCAUUCUUAACCAAAGUCAUUUCCGAUAUCAAGAGCAAUGGUCCCACCACUGGUCUAACCAUCGAUAUCUGGAACGAGCCUGACUAUGGCACUGUCUUCUGGAAUCGAACUCAGGAGCAAUUUCUGGAUAUGUGGGGCUGGGGAUAUGCACGCCUUCGAAAGGAAUUACCCGAGGUACCUCUUCUGGGACCAUCGACUGCAUACUAUCCAGGCCUCGACAAUACCUGGUGGACAAAGUUCGCAGCCUACGUCAAGAGCAAUAACAGCAUUCCUGAUGAAUGGGUUUGGCAUAUGGAGCUUGGCUAUGGCGAUAUGGAGACAACAACUGAAGAUCUAUAUGCUGUGCUGGAUACCUAUGAUCUCCCAAGAAGGCCUGUCAACAUCAACGAAUAUGCUACUGCUCCCGAGCAAACGCCCGUGUUCACUGCUUGGUGGAUCGCCCAGCUAGAGAGGGUCAACGCACGUGGUCUGAGGGGGGUUUGGGUAUCUGCUGCGCAGGUCUUUGAUCUUUUCGGAGGCCUUAUUUCAAAGCCAAACGCGGAUAAUGACAACUACGACCCAGAGGCCGGUGGCUACUAUCCCACCGGAGAAUACCAGGUCUACAAGUACUACAACCGCAACAUGACCGGCAAUCGUGUUGCUACCACAGCAUCCUCGGAUCGCACUGUCGACGCGUAUGCAACCGUCAACAACGGGCACGCGAAAAUUCUAUUUGGUUCUCGUUCUGUCUCAGACACGGCUUUCAUCAAGGUCAAUGAUAUUUCAUGCCUUGGACUGCCCGAGUCGGGAACUUUGGACAUCAAGAUUUGGGCCUUCCCAUUUCCCAACGGCCGUUUCGGGGAGGUCAAUGCUCCUGUAGAUCAUGGAUGGGGCCAGCAAAACUACACUGGGAACUCAGCUACGUUCCCAGUUUAUCCUCAGGAUGAUGUGACUGCAUACGCGUUUGAGAUCGGGGCAAAGUAA